AUGUCGGAGCUCCCCGUGGUAACCUCCCACUCGCGCUUUGGCUGGCCCAUCGAUGUACAGCUGCUAAACGAGACGAUGGGCACUUGCCAGCCAGAGAACAUUCCAGGUGCGAAACGCAUGGCUUGCCGACUCAGGGACGGCGCUGUCGGCGAAGUGCAGCUGGUCGUGAUUUGCGGUCUGUGCAGCAGCGGCCGCGCCGCGCUUCAUGUAGGAUCAGGCAGGGAAUUCACUCAGACAGCUUUGCCGUGGAUUGGGCUUUCAGCGCCAGUGCCCAAACAGGCCCGACAGUGGGUGGUCACAGUCACGGACGACAAGGAACGGUUCGAGUUUGUGGUCGCCAUCGCGCGCGGGGACGCACAAGUGCCCGGAUCCUAG